UAUGUGUGGACGGUGAUAUCAAAUAUCGUAUUAUCAGUUCAGAAAAGGUGGCAAUUAUUGAGUUGCGACAUAAUAUUUGUGUGAACUCUUACUCUUCUUUUCAUUUCAUUAUCCCAAAAUGGAGUUGAAUAACAUUAAAUCUCAACGAAUACGCGAGCUGGCUCGAUUACGAAUGAGUGAACGCCGAAAAGUUCAAAAGGAUCAUGCCAGUGCGAAUCAGAGGAGACUUGAUAAAGAGUUGAUAGAUGACUUAUUAAGUGAUGAGGAAUCAAAUGAAUCGAAUGGAUUAUUUGCGGAUAAUGUCGAAUUGGAUUCUUCAAACAUAACCUCCAAGCGAAUUGCAGGUAUUCAUUCUGAUGAGGGGAUAAGUCACAGAAAGAGCAGAAGUGUCAGUGAAACAAGUGAUAAUUUUGAGAUAGAAAACGAAGACAGGAGUGAUUGUGAAAAUUUGGCUGAAAAUUUCUAUGACUGUGAAGAACGGGAUGACAGGUUGGAGAGAUCCAUUGGCAGCGAAAAUGAUAUUUGGGAGGCCAGUGUCGCAGAGGAAGAUUUUUCAGAUUUCGAUGAUGAAAUCGAAGCACCUGAAAUUGAUGAACUUCGUGAAUGGUCUCUUCAAGUUCCACCACUUCCUCACACUCGAGUGGAUGGUUUACUGAAAAUUUUGCGAAAAAGAUUAUUGCCUACACUGCCAGCUUGCUCCAAGGUUUUUCUUGAUACAACAAAUGCUGAAUAUAAGAUUCAAAAAUAUGUUGACAGUGAAUUUGUUUAUUUUGGAGUGGCCAAAACGCUGAUUAAAACUGUUAAUCCUUAUUUCCAUGGAACCAAUGUACUUCAUCUUAUAAUUAAUGUUGAUGGUAUGCAAUUGUUUCGGUCAAGCACUCGGCAAUUUUGGCCGAUACUGUGCCAAGUUUUCUCUGAAGAGACAGAAUAUGAACCUUUUCCUGUUGCCAUUUAUUCGGGAAAUAAAAAACCAACUGACGUGGGAGAGUUUUUGAAAAAUUUUAUCGAGGAACUCGAGGAAUUGCAUACAAAUGGAUUACUGGUAAAUGACCGAGUAUUCAAAAUUUGCCUCAAAGGAUUUGUCUGUGACACGCCUGCUCGUGCCUUUUUGAAACAAAUCAAAGGACAUGGAGCAUAUUGGGGUUGCGAGAGGUGCACUGUGAAGGGAGAGUAUGAGCAGCAUCGAGUUAUCUACGUUGAUGUUGAUGCUGAAGAAAGGACUGACACAUCGUUCCCAUCGAAUCCUGAGCAUCACACCGGCAUCUCUCCUUUACUGAAGAUUAAACCUGCUGUGAACAUGAUCGAUAUGUUCGUCCUCGAUUUCAUGCAUCUAUUAUGUUUAGGUGUGAUGAAAAAGCUGUUAAAUUAUUGGAUUUCUGGAAAACAAUCAAAAACGAAGUUAAGCCAACAAACACAAUUGCUUUUGUCUAAAUUACUAACUAACUUACAAUCACAGAUACCUGCUGAAUUCCAAAGAACCACUAGAUCUUUGACAAAUUUUGAACUUUUUAAGGCGGUGGAGUUCAAAUUUAUUCUUCUCUAUGCUGGACCAGUGAUCUUUCGAAAGAUAUUAUCUGACAAAGUUUUUAAACAUUUCUUACUACUGCAUGCAGCAUGUAGAGUUUUGUGUUCGAAGGAAGAGGCUCUAAAAAACUGGGAAUGUGCAGAAAUUUACCUCAGAAAAUUUGUUGAAUUAGCAUCAAAAUUAUACGGAAAGACUAUUUUAAUUGGAAAUAUUCAUAAUCUUAUACAUUUAGCUGAUGACGUCAAAAACAUGGAAUGUCCCCUCUACCACAUUUCAGCAUUCCCUUUCGAGAAUGCACUUGGCAAAAUUAAAAAGCUCCUUCGAACAGGUAACAGACCUCUUGCCCAAGUAUGUCGUCGAUUGCAUGAGUUAUUUUUUGCUAGAUCUCCAAAGCUUUCAACUCCAUCUUCUUCGAUAAAAAUAUUGAAGAGUCUCUGUGCCGAUUCAAAUGGGAAAAUUAUUAUUAAGCGUUUAAUGUACAAAGGAAUUAUUCUUACACCCACAGCUCCCAAUAAUACAGUACUUUUAAACACUGGAAUACUUUUAGCAAUUAAUGAAAUUUAUCUUCUACCCAAUGAGACAUUUGAGAAUAUUGAAAUUCGUGGAAUUCAGCUGGUUAAAAUAAAAUCCAUAUUCACGUAUCCUUGUGAUUCUGCCGAUUUAAAUAUGUGGUGUGUUAGUAAAAAGAAAGGAAAGCUGUUAACACGAAAAUUGAAUUGUGUCUUACAAAAAAUGGUUACUCUAGAAAUGAGUGAUAAAGAAGAAAAGAUCUAUACAAUGCCAUUACUGCAUAUGUAAUUUCCAAGCAUAUGGCUCUUAAAUGAUCCAUCAUUGAUCAUUUUCAAUUAUAUGCUUUGAAUAAACUU